GUCACGUUCUCGCCUAACAAUAUUAGAUUAUAUAGUCUCUCCAUGGCUCAGUGACUCCCUCAACUUGGAUUGCCCAUCCACUGUCAUGGGAGCUAGCAGAGUGUUCCAGCUCUUCCAGGUUGCUCCCCACAACACCAAGCGUGAUGCCUGGCUCGUCAUCAAUGGCAGGGUGUUGGACGUGACCAGGUUCCUGGAAGACCACCCAGGGGGCUCAGAGGUUCUGAUGGAGUCGGUGGGUAAGGACGCAACGGCCGGGUUUGAUGCGGUCGGGCACAGCAAAGCUGCAGCUGAGAUAAUGGCUAAGUACCAAGUGGGCGUCCUGCAGGGGUUUGAGGACAAGCACAGUGCCCUUGAUGCUAAAGAGAAGAGCGAGGGGAAGGUUUAUGAGAUGACUGGGAGGGUGAUAAAGGAGGCUCCGGGUAGAAAGCGCUUGUGGCUGAUUGACUUGUUUGUGCCUUCCGCCGUUGCUGUCUUGGCUUUCUGGUAUCGCUGCUCUGGAUCCCUCGCUGAGGUUUGACAAGUGAACAUGUGGAAACUUCUAUCUAAUUGAAUAAAGGUGUUGCUAUCAAUCUA